AUGCUCGACUUACUCAAUUACGACAAGCGAGUCAAAAUAUUCGAAUCGCUCAACUGCAUUCUCUGCAAGGAACCGUGUGUGCCGAUUGCAAGACAGCCUCGAUCUCCACGACUUUUGCAUUGUGGAUCGGCGAUUUGUCAUGAAUGUUUCGAGAAGGAAAAGUCGUUGAAGCAAGAGGAGAGAGAACAUAAAUGCGAUUGGGGUGAAACAUGCUUCUACAAUCCCAACUUUGCUUACUGUGUGAUUGAUGUGCUAUUACAGGAUUGCUUCACUCUUUCGCCGAUUUUGGGCGGAUAUUUGCUUAUGAAGCCAUUGGUCAAUCCUGAAUGCCCAAUGUGUCACGAUGAAUAUUCGAACAAAGACGCUUCUAAGAAAGCUUUUUUUUCAUUGUAUGCACAUUAUUUGAUGUCACAAGAUUCAUUAGUGCUGUCGCCAAUUUUGGGUGGAUAUUUACUUCAGAAGCCAUUUCGACCUGAAUGUCCAAUUUGUCAAGAUGAAUAUUCGGACAAAGUCGAUAACAAGAAAUCGUUUUGGUUAUAUUGUAAUCACAUCAUCUGUCAAGAAUGCCAUCUAAAUUUCUUAUGCGAAUUGCCUGAAAUGACUCGUCAACUAGAAGAAAUGGAUAAAUCUGGAUAUCGUUUUUGUGACGAAUGCAAGAAAUUGGAUAUUGUUGACGAAAUGCAUCAUUGUAAGAAGUGCUUGUUGCAGCUAUGUGGUAACUGUACCUACAAGAAUCAUCGUUCACACAAGGCAAUCACACUUCUGCAAAAAGAGGCGGGUUUAAUGUCUCACGAGCUUUGCGAUCUUUCAAUCAGUGAGGUUCAAACGUACAAUCAAUUAUUUUCUGGGCUUCACAAGGAAUUGUCUGAUGGCCUUCAAGGAUUUGAUCAAAAGCUGUUGAAAAAGAAAAGAGAUCUCACAAAUGCGUCGACCUUUGAAGAUUUAAGAGAGAAACAUAAAAAGUGCACAGAACUGAAGACGGAUUUCGAGAAGUGCUCCGAAGAAUACAUGCCCCACGUACGCAAAUACGAAAAAAGAGUCAAGGAAUUGAUGAAAACUCUCGAUGAUGAUCCGAAU